AACGCUUGAUCGGAAAAAUGUCUCAAAACGAAAUGAACAAGGAGUUUCAGCUAAAAAAGCAUGACAUACUCUGCAACAAGUCUGUACAAUACCGUGUUUUAGACUUCAUUGGAGAAGGAUGUUUUGGCAAAGUUGCCAAGUGUAUCAAUUUAAAUACAUCCGAGACUGUGGCCAUCAAGAUCAACAAAGAGUUGAUAGAUCACGUUGCAGAAGUGAAAAUGCUGGAACAACUCAGGACCCUUGACCCAGAGGUAAACAACUUGGUAAGAUUUGAAGACAGUUUCAUAUUCAAAGGCAUGUCUUGCAUCGCCUUCCAGAUGCUGGACAGGAGCCUUUGGGAUUUGAUGUAUGAGAGACCGGCAGUACUGACCCUGAAUGAAAUCCGCCCCAUUGCACGUCAGCUACUUGUAGCAUUUAAAGCCCUGAAGGGUAUCGACCUCCUUCACACAGACCUGAAACCUGACAAUGUUAUGCUUGUCAACCACCAGGAUGAUCCCUUCAGGGUGAAAUUAAUUGACUUUGGUUUGGCCAUUCCAGCCUCAGAAGUAAGAGAAGGAAUGAUUAUGCAACCUUGUGCAUACAGAGCUCCAGAGGUGACCUUGGGCCUCCCCAUAUCUGAAGCCAUCGACAUGUGGGCACUGGGCUGUCUCCUGGCAGAACUGUUUUUUGGCCGGGGCCUCUUCACUGACAACUCAACAUACAACGCAAUGAAAACUGCUUGCCAUCUACUCGGCCAGCCAGAAGACCACCUGCUGAAUGCUGGAAAGUACACCAACCAGUAUUUCAAAAGGGAUUACUGCUCUCCCAAUUCAAGAUGGAGACUAAAGACAUCAAAAGAGUACAAGGACGCAACCGGUAUCCAGACAAUUUCAAAUUGGAUUUUCGACACUGUCGGAACUUUGGAUGAAGUAGUAGAGUACAACUCAAAUGCAAAUACUUGUGUUGAACAUGAAGACAUAAUGGCAUUUUUAAAUCUCCUGAAACGGUUGCUCGAUCCAAAUGCUGCAACCAGAAUCACCCCCAGUGAAGCCCUAGACCAUUGUUUUGUUACAAUGGCUCACUUGGUAGAUCACAUAGAGACCUAUUCUUAUCCAAAUGCUGCCUAUGAUUUGAUGACCGUCUCCCCCCCAUUUGAUUCAGAGGAAUGUGAUGAAUCAACUGACUCAAGAGAUGGAUUCUCAGACACAGACAGCUCCAGGUAUGAGACCGCAGACUCCAUAGCAUACAAUGGUGAUCCUCCAACUCCACAACAACCAAUUCAGAUACAAAAGAAUGACAUACUCUGUAACAAGUCUGUACAAUACAGAGUAUUGGACUUAAUUGGAGAAGGAGGCUUUGGAAAAGUAGCCAAGUGUGUCAACUUGAAAACAAAGGAGAUUACGGCCAUCAAGAUCCACAAAGACCUUAUAGAUCACAUCACAGAAGUGAAAAUGCUGAAACAACUCAGGACCCUUGACCCAGAGGAAAACAACUUGGCUCACAUGGAAGAUCACAAGGAUACCUAUUCUUAUCCAAAUGCUGCCUAUGAUUUGAUGGUCGAUGGUAGCAUACAACUGUGA